AUUCAUGUGUGUUGCUUUAUGCUUACAAUGACAACAUUGCGAGCUUUCACGUGUGAUGAUUUAUUCAAAUUCAACAACAUCAACCUGGAUCCAUUGACAGAGACUUAUGGAAUCCCAUUUUACCUUCAGUACCUGGCCCACUGGCCUGAAUAUUUCAUAGUUGCAGAAGCCCCUGGUGGAGAAUUGAUGGGUUACAUCAUGGGUAAGGCAGAGGGAUCAGUGGCGCGGGAAGAGUGGCACGGACAUGUCACGGCUCUCUCGGUUGCCCCGGAGUUCAGACGACUGGGGCUGGCAGCCAAGCUCAUGGAGAUGCUGGAAGAGAUCUCGGAAAGGAAGGGCGGCUUCUUCGUGGAUUUGUUUGUGCGAGUUUCUAAUCAAGUGGCAGUGAACAUGUACAAACAACUGGGCUACAGUGUUUACAGGACUGUGAUAGAGUACUACUCUGCAAGCAACGGUGAACCGGAUGAAGACGCAUACGACAUGAGAAAAGCCUUGUCGAGAGACACAGAGAAGAAGUCCAUCAUUCCUCUACCACAUCCUGUCAGACCAGAAGAUAUAGAAUAACAGUAGACAGUGGCUCUCUGACACUUCAGACAACAACAUUUCUAUUAACUCAGUCGGCUUUGGAAAAGUAAAAAUAUUUUUAGGGUGUGAUAUGUGAAAGGUUACAGAAUAUUGUACACAACUGACCUAUCCAACAAUGGAAUUCAUUGUGAAAACUAGGAUUUUUUUUUUUUAUGCCAAUGAGUCAGAGAGUCACUGUUUACUUUUGAGAUAUUAAAUAAAAAAAUUGCUAUUUCAAUAAAUGGUAUCAGCUUACAUGAACAACCCAGGGUAAUGAUAUCUGCUGCUUUGAUAAGUUCAAUGGCUGAAAUGUUUUCCAAUAAACACUUUGGAUAUC